AACUGGACGAUCAGACCCUGUUGGUCCUCAUAGGCGAUCAUGGCAUGGACUCAAAGGGCGACCAUGGCGGCGACAGCUUCUUGGAAGUCUCGACAGCACUAUGGAUGUACUCCAAAACCCAUCCAUUAGUUCAAGAUCCAUUACCCUCCUGGGCACUCGACCAUCAUCAGAGUUUCUUGGAGCUCGAAGCCUCGAUCGGCAGGACUCGUACGGUCUCUCAGAUCGACCUCGUUCCCACCCUCUCCCUCAUGUUGGGUCUACCGAUCCCAUUCAGUAACCUCGGCAUGAUCAUCCCUGAAUUCUUCUUCCAAACUACCCCUUCAAACUCAGACCCACCAAGCCUCCUCUCACCAACCCAAUCACUCCUCCAAUCCGCAUCCCUCAACUCUCAACAACUCUGGACCUUCCUCAACCACCACACCUCCACCUCAUCCCACGAUCUCAACCAGCAUCUCCCGCAUCUCACCAGACUCUAUCAACGCGCACUCGAGCUCUCUCAGCUGCCCGGCCACGAGGAACAGGCCUUCCAGGCCCAUCGCACCUUUGCCACUUCCUUGCUUGCUACCUCGCGGAAGAUCUGGGCCAAGUUCGAGCCCAACCUGAUGAUCAUCGGCAUCCUCCUCAUGCUCCUCUCCCUCCUGGUUUCAUCCAAGUUACUCAGCUCUAUCAGUCCCACACCCACUACUCAGACGCCUCCCGUCCGUGCCUUGCUGCUGGCAGGACUCUCUGGAGGAGGCUUGGGACUCCUGAUCGGCGGAGUGAGUGCUUGGAUCAAGCUCUUCCCAGAGAUCGUCGCGACUUCCAACUUGCUCAUCGGCACAGCCCUUGGCAUCUCUCUCGGCAUCCUCUCCUUCCAGCCCAAUCAUCACCCCACAUUCAGCAUCCCCUCCUUCACCACCCUCUUCAAGUUAUUCCCGGUGAUCUUACAUGGUCUGGGACUAGGGAGUAACUCGUACACAAUCUGGGAGGACCGGGUGGUCCUGCAUCUGAUCUCAAUCUCGCUCUUCCUGCCGCUCGUGAUUCGCGCCUUCAGUGUCCCCAAGCCAGCGCUCCGGAACCGCCUGCUAUUCUUUGCAUCGCUCUUUGCGCUCUGUCUCCGGCUGAUCUCCCUCUCGACGGUCUGUAGAGAAGAACAGGGCGGGGAAUGUCGGGUGACGUUCUAUGGCAGCACAACGAGCUCAAACGCACCGAACUGGGUGAUGAGUCUCUCGAUCCCUCUGGCCAUCGGCUUGCCCAUCCUCCCGGCCUGGUUCCUCGGGAUCUCUGACUCCUAUCGCGGCCCCGCCUCCUUCUUCUUUGGUGUCCUGUGGAGACUCAUUCUUCUCUGCGGAUCCCAGUAUUGGAUCACCGAUUAUAUCCUCUCUCACCAAGACUUGCAUCUUUCCUCCCAGCUGAUCGAAACCGCUCAGUCCGUCAAAUUGCUGGUCGCUCGGGUCGCCUUCUUCUUGUGUUUGUUUGCUGCGAGUCUGUUGUGGAUCAUCUUGCCGGUGUGUAUUGAUGUGAAACGAGUGGACUCGGAAUCCGAAUCUGAACCGAAGGAGAAGGGGGAGAACAAGAAACCCAAAUUACUGGUGAUUGGUUUCGCGAAUGUGUAUGGCUCGUCAUAUCUGAUGUUCCUAGUGGCUUGUUUCGGGAUCCUCUUCCUGGUCACUCAGCCGGUCGGUCAAGUGGUGCUUUCGCUAGGCUUGGUUGCCAUCCUAUGUUUGGUCGAACUGAACGACACCUUGAACGACAUCGACAGUCUUUGCGAAUCUUAUCAAAAAGCGAUUGAGACUGUUGCUGUGACCCAGAAACCAAAAGACGAAGAAGAGAGCAGGAUAAGGAAGGUUCCAUCCACAGACCUUAAUAUCCUGGUUGGCUUUUAUUUCCUGGGAUACAUGCUCUUCUUCGGCACUGGCCAUCAAGCCACUUUUGCGUCGAUCCAAUGGAAGGCCGGGUUUGUCGGGCUCCCCCAGGCCCAUCUCCUCUGGUCCGCCGUCCUUGUCUUCCUCAACUCUUUCGCUGGCUUCAUCCUCGUUGGGUUGGCGCUCCCAUUGCUCCAGAUCUGGAACCUCUCACCGAUCAUCAAUUUGACUGAUCGCAACAAGAAACCUGAUCAAGAUGAUAAUCAACAACCACUGGAUCAAACCCAGUCCCCUGAUCUUCAUCCUCAGGUCGUCAGGAGUUUGGACACUCAACUGCUCGAAACCCAGCUCAUAUUCAUCAACCUCUUUGGGAUCAAUCUGCUCCUCAAUAUGGUGUUUGUUCUGGUCUUGAGGAGACAUCUGAUGGUCUGGAAGAUCUUCUCGCCCCGCUUCAUGCUCCAUUCCAUCCUCCUCCUCCUGCUCGAUUUCCUGGCCGUGUUGGUGACGGUCUGGCCCCUGCAGGCUGUUAAGAUCAAGGUCAAUCAGACGUUUGGAACCCAGUUCUUUGCCUGAAUUCCCCCGCUUCUCCGCCCCCCCAGUACUUUGCUGUUUGCUGCACAGUCUUUCCUUGUCCUUGAUCGUCAAUCAAUCAAUUAGAAACAAAAAAUAUAUGAAGAACUCUCUCUCAUCUCUUAUCCAAUUCACUGUUUCUUUUUCUUCUUGUUCCCAUUUGGAUCUUGGGUUGGGUUAGGUCUGGACGACACGUCUUGCAGCUCUCUCUCUCUCUCUUGCUUCCUCCCCUCUUUUGUUUUUCCCUAUAAUUCAGUUCAAAAACAAACGAUAUUACACUUCUCUUUGUUAUACUCAAGAUCCACUUCCACUGGUCUCUUCUUUCAUUCUUUUUCUUUUUUUUGUUGGUCAAUGUUUCUUGUGCUUAAUUCUUUUCUUGGACGUUUUGUUUAUCUUAGAAUUUUUUUUCUUUUAUUGGGUUCUUAUUUUAUUGUUUAAAUUACGUUUGUCAGCCUUACUAGAGAUACUCCAUAGUAUCCAAAAGACUGCUCAAUAAUUAAUAUUUGAUGUGUAAUCAAUUAUGUAA